AUGCGCACACUACUCCUCAUCACCUCUAUUUUAUUCUAUCAAACCGACUCUUCCCCUGCCGAGCCGAGCUCCCUACUGCAGCUCUCGGGUGGAGUCACUCACAAUGCUAAGCACCAAAUGACUGUGGCUGAGGCGAGGAAGGCUUUCGAGGUCAGUCGAGAAAAGACGGAUGAGAUACUCCAUAAGGUCCAACAGGAGAUGAAGAGUUUGAACGUCCAGAUGGAUAAGACCAGGGACGACGAGCAGAAAGGAAUGGCCAAGCUACAGCAAGAGAAAAAGGAUGACGAUAAGAAGCUCGAGGCCGCAGACAAACGCUAUGAGGCACUCGAGACUAAAGCCACGCAGGAUUCGCCGAGUAUCAACAGCGGCAGGAGUAUCAGCUCCACCUCAGCGGCGGCCUCUAGCUUCAUGGAGGGCCCGUUACCCGACUUCCUUGAGCCCUUGAGGGACGGCGCGAGGAAGGCCCAGAGCUUCGCUGAUGAGAUGAAAAAGCAGGAGGAGGAUCUCGAUGCAGUUGCCAACGGCAGAGGUGCUCCUCCCGGGUUCUCCCUUAUACAGGAGGGAGUCGGCGGGAUGGACGCUGGUUCCCGUGAGGUAGCUAGCGCCAUGGAGGCCGAGGCGGCUGAUGAUUCCCGGACCGACAAGCACCUGGCCAAGGCCUCAGAUGCACUAAAUGCCCUUCAACGCAGUAUUCAAGACGAGUCGAGGGAGCUGGCCCUCGAGGAACGUGACGAUACUGCGCACAAGUCCACCUUGCAUGACGACGAUGUCCUCUCCUUCCUUGAGGAAGCCACCUCCACGAAGAACGCCGGCUGGGAGACUGAUCUCGAUCGCCAAGUCCGGAAGUGGAGGAGCUUCCUCGCCCGCGACUCCCAUAGAAGGAGCAAGCACUCGGUCUCUGAGGCUGAUGACGAUGAUGAUGCUUCCUCUCUCCUCCAGCUCGCCGAUAAGUCGGACUCGCACGGCGAUUGGGUCAGCAAGAUCGAGAGGUACAUGAAAGAGGAUCGUCAAAGGGUGUUGGCCGCCCGAGACUCAAAAACCACUCCAUCUAAUGCGCUGGUGGACAACGAUGAUGAGGAUAAGGCCUCGUCUUCCUUCCUCGAGAGCUCUAUGAGUGCUGAGGACGUACGAUCGGCAAUUCGCAAGGAGGCUGAGAAAACUCGAGACGUCAUAAAAAUUCUCGAACGAGUCCAGAAGGCCGGUGAUGGAAAGAAGACCCCUCAGGGCAAGGGACCGUCCUUUGUCGAGAAAAGCCAGGCCCAUCACUUCAACCUGGAGAAGGCCGAGGAGGAGGUUGGGGCUCUCCAGGCUAAGUGGGCAAGGGAGGCCAAGAGGAUCUCGGUCCCGACCAGCUGUGUGCCUUUGGUCUUGCAGGCCCCUAACACCGACGGGAGCUCCCUCGACGACAGCAAUAUUGAGAAGAUGAAGAGGAAGGCGCUUCAGGCUGAUGAGCAUGUGAAGAAGGUCGACGAGGACUUCAAGAAUGCCCUGGUGUCGCUGAAAUCGGACAUCUUGGCUCAGUCUAAGGCCAGCAGUAACAGGGGAGCAUCCUUCCUCCAACUCGGUACUCGCUCGAGGGCUCAUGAAGCCCUCGAGAAGCUCAGCGCUGAGCUAGAUGCUGAUAUGGUGAAGAACGCGGAGAAGGAAGGGCAAAUCGAGCAAGCGAUGAAGGACGCUGGAGGGUCUCAGUCCCUUCUCGAGGAGACAAAGGGAAAGGCUACACUUCCCGACAACCUCGUACAGGCGAUGGCUCGACUUGACGCCUUGGCCAAGCGGCUGAGCCAAGGGACUAGCCCCUCCUAG